AUGGCCCAGGCGGGCGAACUCGCACGUGAAGAGCUCAAGCGGACGAUGAAGCGGUCCAAGUCACGGCACGAGACGACGUCAACACCCGUCGCUUGCCCCGAGGCGCCGACUGCACCGGCCGCCUCUUUUGCGUCUGCAGUGACACCGUCCACGUUGCAGUCGCCAAGUCCCCAUGCUCGACCGGGAUCGAAGCCGUCGUCAGCGAGUCGGUACGACAAUUCCUUGGGAUUGCUGACCAAGCGGUUUGUCGAGCUCAUUCAAUCGGCGCCAUCGAAGGAUUUGGAUCUGAACACUGCCGCGGAAUCGCUUGGGGUUCAGAAACGACGGAUCUAUGAUAUCACAAAUGUGUUGGAGGGCAUUGGGCUCAUUGAAAAAACGUCCAAGAACAAUAUUCACUGGAAGGGUGUUAGCAGACCUACACAGGCAGCAGAUAGCUUUCAAGGAAUCGAUCACCUUCGACAAAGUAUUUCUGAUCUGAGGCAAGAAGAGCUCAACUAUGACCAGCAUAUUAAAAUGGUCAGUCAGAGUAUCCGGCGUCUGUAUGAAGAAGAAGCGUUCGACAAAGGUAGUUUCGAUAACUUUUGUUAUGUCACGCACGACGACAUGCGACGGCAAGAGAGCUUUGCAGACCAGAGCGUGAUGGCGAUCAAGGCCCCGCCAGGAACAACGCUGGAAGUUCCUGACCCUGACGAGGGUAUGCCCGCUGGAAAACGCCGAUUCCAGGUCUUUCUCAAAUCUACAGAUGGGCCCGUUGAUGUGUAUUUGGUUCGACGAAUGGACGACGACAAAGAGGCAGAGGUUGCCGAUACAUCAGUAAAGGAAACUGGAGAGUUCGCAGCUCAUGAUAGCCCUGCGCCUCCAUUGGAUCAGCAGAGAUCAUACGACUCAGACAUCGGGAUCUUCAAACUCGCUCCGUUAAAGACCGAUCCAGAUUUCUACUUCAAUCUGGAUGACAACGAAGGCGUCUCGGACUUUUUUGCCGACAUUCCGUAA